GUUCCCUUGCGCGCCACUUUUCUUAGCUAUCUGUUUGGUUCCCCAGAAAAAGAAAAUGCGCGAAAUUAAAGGCGAAGCAAUUUAAUACCUACUAAUGUCAGCAGCUUCGAGUAGAACUUUCACAUUACAGUUUACCGAGUUUCGGAAAGUGUUUUCCAUUUCCAACUUCUCACAAGAACUCUGAAAAAAAAAAAAGUAGUAAGUAAAAAUGGCGAUUUCGUCGAUUCAGUUCCUCCAUAGCCUCAGACCUUUCAAUGCAUCUUUUACUACUACUCCAACAACAGCUUCGUCGUCGAAAAACACUAAAACUCCGAGAGUUUCCUUAGGGUUUCGGAGCUCGGUGAACUUCAAUUUGUGCAGCUUGAGCUCGGGUUUCUUUGUAUCGUCUAGCGCUCGUUCUCGAGCUUGGGCCUUGGCGAGAGACAGAGGAGAGAAAACUGAGGAUUAUCAUCCUGUCACUGAUUCUGUUGACGACGAUCAGGUUGUAAGCACACCGCAAAAGUUGCAGGAGCGUGACUUUACUGACACUCCUUAUGUUCCCAUAUAUGUGAUGCUACCCCUGGGUGUCGUAAGUAUGAAUUGCGAGUUGGUUGAUCCAGAAGGUCUUGUGGAUCAGCUAAGGAUCUUGAAGUCAGUUAACGUUGAUGGUAUUAUGAUUGAUUGCUGGUGGGGAAUCGUAGAGGCAAAUGCUCCCCAGGUAUAUAAUUGGAGUGGCUACAGAAGACUCUUUCAGAUUGUGCGUGACCUGAAGCUCAAGUUACAGGUUGUAAUGUCAUUUCAUGAAUGUGGAGGUAAUGUUGGUGAUGAUGUACAUAUCCCACUCCCUCGUUGGGUAACAGAAAUUGGUCACAGCAAUCCUGACAUAUAUUUCACUGAUAGAGACGGAAGGCGCAAUUCUGAUUGCCUCUCAUGGGGAAUUGAUAAGGAACGGGUUUUAAAAGGCCGAACUGCCGUUGAGGUUUACUUUGACUACAUGAGAAGCUUUCGGGUAGAAUUUGACGAGUUUUUUGAGGACAAAAUCAUCUCUGAAAUUGAAGUUGGACUAGGACCAUGUGGAGAGCUAAGGUAUCCUUCCUAUACUGCAAAGCAUGGUUGGAAAUAUCCUGGUAUCGGUGAAUUUCAGUGUUAUGAUAAAUACUUGAUGAAGAGUCUUACAAAAGCAGCAGAAGCAAGGGGACACUUAAAUUGGGCCAGAGGACCGGAUAAUGCAGGUUCUUAUAAUUCCACUCCACAUGAAACUGGUUUCUUUUGCGAUGGAGGUGAAUAUGAUAGCUAUUAUGGCAAAUUCUUCCUGAACUGGUACUCUCAAGUAUUGGUUGAUCAUGGCAAUCGUGUACUUGCGCUAGCCAAUUUAGCUUUUGAAGGCACUUGCAUUGCUUCUAAGCUAUCAGGUAUACAUUGGUGGUACAAGACAGCCAGCCAUGCUGCUGAGCUGACUGCUGGGUUUUACAACCCUGCAAAUCGUGAUGGUUAUGCUCCAAUUGCAGCAAUGUUAAAAAAGCAUGGGGCUGCUCUUAACUUCACUUGCGUUGAGUUGCGCACAUUAGAUCAGCACGAGGACUUUCCAGAAGCACUUGCUGACCCAGAGGGAUUAGUUUGGCAGGUGCUAAAUGCUGCAUGGGAUGUCUGCAUUCCAGUUGCUAGUGAGAAUGCUCUGCCUUGCUAUGAUAGAGAGGGCUACAAUAAAAUACUGGAAAAUGCCAAACCCCGGAAUGAUCCAGAUGGGAGGCAUUUAUCUGCCUUCACCUACCUCAGGCUCAGCCCAGUUCUCAUGGAGAGCCACAACUUCAUGGAGCUUGAACGAUUUGUUAAGCGAAUGCACGGGAAAGCAGUUUCUGAUCUUCAAGCUAAUUCAAACAAAAAACAAACUAAACUUCAAGGUAUAGAUGACCAAGUUGCUGCUUAGGGGAAAGAUGUGGAUAAAUUUCACGGCGUACAUAAAUCCAGACAGUAAUAAUGUGAACUCUUAAGCUUCCUACAUGUGUGUUUAAAUUCUCAAUAAUACAUAUCUCUUGAAGUUUGAAUUUCUCAAUAACAUAACAGACCGUAAAAAAAAAAAUAUGUACUGAAUUAGCCGAAUGCUUCUCUUAUUACACUAUGCUUGGUAGUUGUACUCGUAACAAGGACCAUGCGUAUUGCACAAA